AUGGAUGUAUCGACUAUCUCGGACAAUAUUUGGUGGACUGGCGCUCUAAUGGUGGUACUGACGGGGUUAUAUCUUGCCACAGAUAGAGCGCAAGGAAAGUCGAUCUUAAGUCGAAUGAGGCAUCGCAGGCCAUCGACAGCCGAAACACCUCCCCGAUCGGUAUCACCGGAGAAGAGACUUGAAUCACCAGAUUAUGCGAAUGUCCUACCGCCACAGCGUCGAGAGGCACUCAAUAGGAUUUUCAAAUCUGGAGUGCCGGAAGUUAAGGAGGAAGAGGUCCUUCGACACAUAUUGCCCAUGGAUACAAACUAUGAGACUUGCAAGGAGCAGAGAUAUACUCCGACUGGAUUCUCGGUUCAAGAAGUUCGAGAGCUAGGGGAUUUCCCCGACUACACUGAGCUCAGUGGAGUACCAUUGCCCCAGCCCUAUCACGAAUUUGAUAUCGACAAGGCAUUGGCCAGGCUUUAUCGACCGUUCAGAUGGGUUUACCAUCAAACUAUGUCAAUCUCAAAAAUGGAAACAGACUGGUGGAUCGAGCUCGAAAACACCUACAAGCAACGAAUCGCCCAGCGCAAAGAACUAUACGCCAAACACAGAAACGGGGUCCUUGGCUACCUCCCCGGCUCCGAACUAGCCUGCAAAGAGCUCAUGGAAAUGGUCCUUCAAAACGUCUGUGCCAGGUAUCCACACUACUUUUCUCUAGUCGACAAAAGGGUCUUCCAGAAUAGAAUCCUAGGCACGGAACAGGACGUUAGGUCUAAGCAUCCUCUGGAGAUCCUGCUCGACAAUAUCCCCGAGGACUUCGGUAUCACGCUGCGAGAUGAUAAGACUGGUUGCUAUAUACUCCGUGCUGGAGUCAUUUGCUCCUCAAUUGGCUGGAGUAUUAACGAGAAAAUGGGGCUUCCACUUCAUUUGAUACACAAGCCUGUCCCAGACUACAAGAAGAAGAUGCAGACUUCUAUGGAGCGCUUCUUCACGAAGCUACCAACCGACAAACCCAUCCAACGCGGCUCCUGGAGCCUUGAAGUCGGCCAACCCCUCUGGAUGCCAAAAGGCUCCCCCCUCGAAAUCCACCGCACGGACCAAUCUCAUACCCUACAACUCUCCGACUGCCACCUCCGUGUCGACUGGCAAACCCUACGCCGCCCCCCCCUCUCCGCAGCCGUCGUCUUCAAUUUCAAAGCUCUAUUCACGCUGGUGACGGAGUUCCGCGAUGAGCCGGGUAUCCCGGCACUCGUGGCCAAGAAUAUUAAGGAGGGCAAGAAGAAUUUGUUGGAGUAUAAGGGGACUUGGCAUGUUGAGCAUGUGGUUUUACCGGCGAUGGAGGAGUGGGCAGAGGAGCAGAGGAGCAAUGGGCUUGUGGAGAGGGAUUGGGAGGUUGGGACGCUGGAUGAGAGUCCAUAUUUUAGGGGGUGGGAGGAGAAGUGGCAUCAUCAGCAGGGGUUCUAA